AGCUUGGUCAAGGUGUGUGUGAUAUAACUAUAUUAUUAAUAACGGCGCAGAACCGCAAGCAGUGUCAGACCGCGAUACACUAUUUAUGGCAUAUAAGUAACGAGCAGGGACUGGAUCAUUCUUCUCUAUUUAUUAAUUUAUCAAGCCUGCGGUGUAAUACCUACCUACCUACGUAAUAGUGAUGGCGGAAACACGAAGUCGAAGUUCCCUUGGCAGCAGGAAUUCGUGGAAGGUCGUGCGCACCCUUUUGCACAAGAUAAGGACCAAGUCGGCGGCAAGUGAGAAGAAACACUCGAACGUGGUCCACGAAAUACAGAAAGAGUUCACAUCGACGACGACAGAUGAAUCCGCCAGCGUGUCGGUUACCGAAAUCACCAUGCCCCGAGUACAGAAGGCCCUCGUCAUCGCCCGCAAGGGUGAAUAUGAGAUUCGGCAUGACUUCCCCAUGCACACUGUUGGAGAGGAUGAGAUUAUGAUUCGGAGUCAUUACGUUGGUUUGAAUCCAAUCGAUUGGAAGUCGGUUGACUACAACUUCUGCUUGCCAGAGUUCCCUUGGGUAACGGGCCGAGAAAUGUCUGGAGUAGUGGCUCAAGUUGGUUCGGCGGUUAAGAAUUUUGAAGAGGGCGACUCUGUAUGGACCAGCACGUACUAUAAGGACCUUCGUGCGGGCUGCUUCCAGGAAUAUGUCGUCGUACCUUCCCACACCGUUCUCCCCAUCCCCUCGACAGUUUCGUUUGAAGCAGCCGCCUGUCUAGGUGUAGCAGCUUUGACAGCAUCAAUGACAUUAUGGAAAUGGUUAGGCGUCCCGAUCCCGCGGCAUACCCCAGAUGAAGCGGCAGAGGAAGAGUGGCUACUGGUAUGGGGUGGGUCUACGGUGACAGGGCAGUUCGCGACACAGAUUGCGAAUUUGAGUGGGAUUAAAGUCAUAACGGUCAACUCUACGGAAACGAAAUCGUUAUCAGAACGCUUGGGCGCAUCCCAUGUGGUCGUACGGGACGGCAAAGGGGACGAUGAGUUGGUGGACGAGAUUCGACAGGUCACAGGGGAUAGAGUCACGCGAGCCAUCGAUUUGGUAGGACCGAAAACGGCAGCAUUGGCAUUGAAGGCAGUAUCGCAGGCUAAGCCCGUCGCUUUCGCACCAUUGGCCAUGAUGUCAAAUUCACAGGUAGUUCCGGAGAACGUCGAGGUACACACGGUGGAAAUGAAGCAAUUCGUACUCGACAAAAGCAACGUUCGGUUUACAGAAGAGCUUGGGAAGCUUUUGGAAAGUGACAAGAUCGCUUUACCUGAGUUACAUUUGCUUGAUGGGGGUUUACACUCAGUUCAGGAAGGUCUGGAACUGCUGAAGAAGGGAAACUUGAAGGGGAAAAAAUUGGUCGUACGGAUGUAGUACGCAGACACAGACGCAGAAUGAGUGUGCAUAUAUAUGCUACCUUGGUAGGGAGGCAGGCAGGCAGUGGACUGUAUAAGACAUAUAGACAAGCGUGUUAGAAACCUAGAGUUGGUGGAAGCAUAUCCCACGCUUCAUCCCUUGUAUUCUCACGUACAGUAAAAGUUACAUGAUUACCUAUUAACUACUCAUCACCUCUAUCGGGGCCU